AAAGCACACAGAGCAACAGCCUCCCGUACAGGAAGGACAGCAGCUGCCAGCACAGACUGAAAUCCGGUUCGUUUCACCGAUGUGACAGCGGGAGAGCGUGAGAAAGCUGCCGACUGACGCUGAACUGCAGUGCAGGUCUGCGCAGGUGGAGUCCGUUUGGAGAGCAUACAGCUGGACAUGGAUUACUGGCGUCCGUCUUGGCCGCUUUGGAUUUAGUUAAGACGCCGCACAGCGCUGCGCCUCUUUCCGUCUUCUAACCGGUUCAAGUGAGAGCAUCAAGAACAGGUGGAUCCUGUUUCUGCGUUCAGCUUAGUCCCUCUCCCAUCCACCCUCCACCUUUAUGGGGAACCAGGUGGAGAAGCUAACGCAUUUAAAUUACGCAGAGGUGCCAACGUCGGACCCAAAUGGGUUCGACCCGGACGACGACGGACCGCGGAUUGGUGUCUCUUAUAUUUUCUCCAACGACGACGACGACGAGCAGGACGACAAUUUGGAUCACUUUCCACCGGACAGCCGCGCAGUGAACCAUGAGGAGAAGCCCUUCGACCCGCAGGACGAGCUGGAGUGCGCCAUCUACUACCGAGAGGAGUGCGUCUACGAGAGGAGCACCGGAGCCGCCACGCACUCCCCGGAAAGUCUCCUGAACAAGUGCAGACCCGGAGACCUGCUGGAGUUUGUGGCCACCGGACAGUAUCCACACUGGGCUGUCUAUGUCGGGGACUUCCAGGUGGUUCAUUUGCACCGAGCCGAGAUAAAGAACAACUUUCUCACCGACGUGAGUCAGGGCAAGAAAGGCAGGAUAGUGAACGGCCUCUACAGGUACCGUGCGCUCCCGCCGGAGGUGAUUGUGAGCAACGCCCUGAACCACGUUGGCUCCAGAGACAGAGAGCCCUACUGGAGGAACUCGGAGUGUUUUGCCGCCUGGUGCCGCUUUGGCAAACGGGAAUUCAAAAUUGGAGGGGAGAUAAGGAUUGGAAAGCAGCCGUACAGGUUAAAACUCCUCUUUUCCGAGAAGAAGAGUCACGUCCUGGAGUUUCAGAGCCUGGAGGACGUGAUCAUGGAAAAGAGGAGGAACGAUCAAAUUGGCAAAGACGCUGUGAUGCAAGAGCUGGCCAACCACUUGAACGCGACGCACGAAAUCAAAGAGGAGCAUUUUGUCAAUUGAUAACGGAUGCUCUGGUCAUCUGAUGAGAAUCUGUGCUUCGGUGGAGAUGCGCAGAGCCUGCGUGCUGGUGAGGGAGCAUCUCUGCAUCCACUCCACUUAACAGCCAGUGUUUAAAAAAAAAAGAAAGAAAAAAAAGAAGAGUGUUUAGAAUUCAUCUUGAUUAUGUUUCUCGUGCAAAAUGCGAGGAAACCUCAUGACAUCUGGAAUAACACUUUCUCAAGUGCAUUAGCAAAGAAGAUCACAAGGGUAAAGAAAAUUUCCAUACUUUAAUUAAAACAAGUGAAGAUUAAACAGCCAGUGGCAGAAUCUUCUCCUCCCUCAUGAGAAAAAUGAGAUGUUACACUCAACAUAAGUGACUUGUUCUGAUGGAUACAUCCAGCUGAAAUGGAAUCAUUUUAGGGUAGAAGUCCAACAUUUAAUUGCCCAUAAUUAUUUUUCUAAUCCAGUGAAUCUUUGCACAGAGGAGCAGAUAAAGCUCUCCUUGUACUUCUGUGUGAUGAGAGUGCUGAAAGUACCUGCUCCUGUACAACUCAGGUGUUGGAGACCAAUGCAGAGUGAGAGAGACAGCUGCUUGCUUUUCUUGUUGUGUCUCAACCACAAGGAUCCCCCUCUGUUCCCUUCUAUCCAAUCAUCACAGCUUUACCUACUCUCGGACCACUCUGGACACCAUUCAUAGCCAUGACUGUGCACUUUUAUUGAUUCACCUGUUACAGUUUAUUUUUUUGGAAAUAUUAAAAAAAACGACGUUUGUAUGAAGGAUUAUGGAAAUAAAUAUAUAUUUGAAGAGUAAA